CUCCAUUACAGCAGUCUUUUAUGGAGUCUGAAAUUCCUCCUCCUUAACUCUGAAGGAGGCAUCACACUACUGUUAAACAAAACAAAGAACAAAACAUUCAGACUUUCACUCUCACAAACAAUAUAUAGAAAAAGUGACCAAAAUCAAAAAAGAACAAAAAAACAUAAGCAAAGCAAACAAAGACACAAAUGGGUUUACCUACUAGGCUUAAGCUUUUGAUUACCCUUUUUUCCCUUUUUGUAUGUUCUGCUUUGGGUCAUGGUGGUGGUGGUGGUACUGCAGAGCAACUCAAGGGUGUGAUCUAUGAUGGUAGAUCUUUAAUUAUCAAUGGCAAACGAGAGCUUCUCUUCUCUGGUUCUAUCCAUUAUCCGCGUAGCACACCUGAAAUGUGGCCUGACAUUAUUUCCAAGGCCAAACAUGGAGGUCUGAAUGUGAUUCAGACUUACGUUUUUUGGAAUGUUCAUGAGCCCGUACAAGGCCAGUUCAACUUCGAGGGAAACUAUGAUUUGGUGAAAUUUAUUAAGUUGAUUGGAGAUAAUGGAAUGUUUGUCACACUUAGGGUUGGGCCAUUCAUCCAAGCCGAAUGGAACCAUGGAGGUCUUCCAUAUUGGUUGAGAGAGGUGCCAAACAUCAUCUACCGUUCUGAUAAUGCACCAUUCAAGUAUCACAUGAAAAAGUACGUGAAGAUGAUCAUAGACAAGAUGAAAGAAGAGAAACUAUUUGCUUCACAAGGAGGCCCUAUCAUCUUGGCACAGAUAGAGAACGAGUACAACCACAUUCAACUUGCCUAUAGAGAAUUGGGAACCAAAUAUGUUCAAUGGGCAGCAAAUAUGGCAGUUGGAUUGAAAACCGGAGUUCCGUGGAUCAUGUGCAAGCAAAAGGAUGCUCCAGAUCCAGUUAUCAAUACAUGCAAUGGAAGACAAUGUGGAGAUACAUUCAUAGGCCCCAAUAAGCCCUACAAGCCUUCUAUAUGGACUGAGAACUGGACUGCUCAGUACAGAGUAUUUGGAGACCCUCCUUCUCAAAGAGCAGCAGAAGAUAUUGCAUUCUCAAUUGCCCGUUUCUUCUCAAAGAAUGGAACUCUUGCAAACUACUAUAUGUAUCAUGGAGGGACAAAUUUUGGUAGAACAAGUGCUGUUUUCACAACUACUCGCUAUUAUGAUGAAGCUCCUCUUGAUGAAUAUGGUUUGCAAAGAGACCCAAAAUGGAGUCAUCUUAGGGACUUGCACAAGGCUUUGAAUCUAUGCAAGAAGGCUUUGCUUUGGGGGAAUUCUGGAGUUCAAAGACUUGGAAAGGACACAGAGGUUCGGAUCUAUGAGAAGCCUGGAUCCAAUCUCUGCGCUGCUUUCUUGACAAACAAUCAUUCCAGAAUAGCACAGACUUUAUCCUUCAGGGGUCAAGAAUAUUACCUCCCUCCACACUCCAUAAGUAUCCUCCCUGACUGCAAAACCGUCGUCUACAAUACUCAAACAAUUGUAUCCCAACACAAUUCAAGAAACUUUGUUACAUCAUCGAAUGAUCUUAAAUGGAAGAUGUCACAAGAGCCCAUUCUAACUGUUCAACAAGCUCCAGUCAGUAACAAAAUACCAAACGAGCUCUAUUCCCUGCUUAAAGAUACUACGGACUAUGGUUGGUAUACCACUAGCAUUGAUCUGGGUACUCGUGACUUGCCAAUGAGACCUGAUAUCCUGCCAGUUCUUCGUGUUUCAAGUCUUGGUCAUGCCAUGCAUGCAUUCGUAAAUGGUGAAUAUGUUGGAUCUGCACAUGGAAGCCAUGACGAGAAGAGCUUCCUCUUCCAGCAAGCUGUUAAGCUCAAGCCUGGUACAAACCAGAUAGCAUUAUUGUGCAUGACAAUUGGACUUCCGGAUAGCGGAGCAUACAUGGAGCACAGGUAUGCAGGGCCUAAAGCUGUCAUGAUCUUAGGUUUGAACACUGGAACAAUAGAUCUGACACAAAACGGUUGGGGUCAUCAGGUUGGCCUGACUGGAGAAAAGAAUCAAGUUUACACCGAGGAGGGAUCAAAAAAGAUAACUUGGAGCGAGUCUAAAGGUGAAGCACCAGCUCUCACAUGGUUCAAGGCACGUUUUAAGACUCCAGCAGGGAAUGACCCUGUUGCUAUCCGGAUGACUGGCAUGGGAAAAGGAAUGAUGUGGAUAAAUGGAAAAUGCAUUGGUCGUUACUGGAUGUCCUACCUCUCUCCUCUUGGAAAACCCAGUCAAUCAGAGUAUCAUAUUCCAAGAUCCUACUUACAGGAAUCAGAGAAUCUGCUUGUUGUGUUGGAAGAAGAGAAAGCAGACCCCAAAAACAUUGAGAUCCUGACCGUAAACAGAGAUACAAUCUGCAGUUACAUAACAGAAUAUUAUCCAGCACAUGUUAAGUCAUGGGCAAGGGAGAAAAGCAAGAUCAGACCUGUUGUGGACAUGGUGCAACCAGCAGCUCACCUUAAGUGUCCAAACCACAAGAAGAUUGUCGCCGUCGAGUUUGCAAGCUUUGGCGACCCAUUGGGAACCUGUGGAAACUUCAUAUUGGGAAAAUGCAAUGCUGCUUCAUCUAAAGAAAUUGUUGAACAGCAGUGCUUAGGGAAACCUAGCUGUGAUGUCCCCAUGAAAAGGGAGAUUUUCGACAAGAACAAUGAUGGUUGCCCAGAUAUCCAGAAGACUCUUGCUAUCCAAGUUAAGUGUGCUGCUCAGUGAUGGAUCAGAAAACGGAAAACAAAAGAUGGUGGGGGUUUGAUUGGGGGAAUUGCAAACCAUGAAACUGAAAUGGGAGAGAGAAAGAGAAAGAGAAAGAGAGAUAGAGAUUGAAACUUGAAGGGCAAUUAAAAUAACAAAGUAAAAUUUGAUGGACCAAGGGGGUCAAGAUUUGAUUUUUUCAUUUGUGGUAAUAUUGGUGCUUUAGAUUCAUGAUUUGUAUUCACCUUUUUUUGAGUACUUAUCCAAGCAUUUGGUCGAUAUAGCAAUUUGAUUUGUUACUGGA